CAGCCAUCACAAGCACCAAAACCUGUACAUACAUGUAAAUAGCUCUGCAGAUACCGUACAACAUCAAUUCAUCAUUUGUAAGGCACUGAUUAGCGAUGAGUCAGCUGAAGAAUUAAAGAAUAGAGGAUAGUGCCAAAAAAAGAGCAUUAAACUAAGCAGCCUUCAAAAGUUUCCACUUUACAUUGAAGAGCUGAGCAGAAACAGAAACAGGCCUCCUUUAAAGCGGUAUCAAGUACCAAGAAAAUCUACCCAAAUGAUCAGAUUCACAAUGGGCCUUAACAUGCUGCUCCUGCUAGCCAUGGUUGCUACCAAUAUUCUUUCACUUUACCACCUCUCAUCCAACCUCCAAUCUAAACCCCCUGCUCCAGCCGCAGUCCCUGACCACCUCCUCCAUCAGCUUCGCACGAUACGCGCCACCAUUAACCACCUCACGCGCCUCCAGUCUACCGCCACUGAAACAACUUCUAGUGCUAAAAAAUCCCGCCCCACCAUCCCAUCUGACCUCCUGAUUUACACUCACAUCUCCCCUAUUGCUUCUUCUUGCAAGGACUAUCCUGAGCUUCUUUAUCAGUACAUGAAUUACAUCCCUUUUAGUCUCUGUCCAAGUGAUGCGCUUUUAGCUGAGUCUCUUAUCCUCCGCGGCUGCCACCCUCUCCCGCGGCGGCGCUGCUUUUCAAGAACCACCAGCACCAACCCCAGUUCACUUCCUACAACCCCUUUUGGCACCAUCCCAGAAAACACUGUGAUUUGGUCCCAGUAUAGUAAUUGCAAAAGCUUCACCUGCCUUGCAAGGUUCAACUCUGAAAUGGGAUUUGACAUGAAAGUGGAAAAAUCAAGAUUUUUGGAGUAUAAAUCAGAUCUGGAUCUCCCAAUUUCACAGCUUUUGCAGGUUUCGAAGUCAGCAAAAAGUGUUAUUAGGCUUGCACUUGAUAUUGGAGGUGGUACAGGGACAUUUGCUGCUCAAAUGAGGCUGCAAAAUGUGACAGUUAUAACCACCACUAUGAAUCUUGGGGCACCCUACAAUGAGGCAGUUGCACUGAGGGGCUUGGUUCCAUUGCAUGUUCCACUUCAGCAGAGGCUACCAGUGUUUGAUGGAGUGGUGGAUCUGGUGAGGUGUGGGCAUGCUGUGAAUAGGUGGAUACCUGUGACUGCAAUGGAAUUCUUGUUUUUUGAUGUUGAUAGAGUGUUGAGGGGUGGAGGAUACUUUUGGUUGGACCAUUUCUUCAGUAAAAAAGUGGAUCUUGAGAAGGUUUUUAUGCCCUUGAUUGGGAAGUUAGUGUACAAGAAGGUGAAAUGGGCUGUCGCCAACAAGACUGAUUCAAGUGGAUUGAAAAAUGGGGAGGUUUACUUGACUGCUCUGUUGCAGAAACCAGUCUCAAGAUGAGAUUUUCAUUAGAGGAUGCUACUACUAGCUGACUAAUUACUGGCAGAGACCCCUUGUGAGCUGAUGAUCAAUGCAAUCACAAGCUGCUUCUAUUCACCAUCAAGAAGGAUCAAGCUUUUAGCAAUUGCUAAUUGACCGAAGGGCUUUCAACAGCUGGAAAACAAUCCGACAGCUAAAAGCAGUUUAAAAGGCAUGAUGUUACGGGAUAAAAGAGUUCGAGGGGUUGUUGCUUAUUAGUUCAUUCGAGUUUCUUGUAUCAUUAUCCAAUAGUAUCAUACAGUAAUUACACCCAAUGUGUUUGUAUUUAUUAGUUUUGUAGACUGAAAUAGGUUCUUCAAAAAUGAAUGCUAAGUCCAUGACAUAAUGAACUGAAAGAAGAAACUUCAAAAGCA